AUGUUUAAGCAGGCCUCAGAGUUUAACAAGAAAAUAGCUUCCCGUCUAGUUAAGGAUGAAACAACUUGGUCGUUUAUCCCGGCUAACUCUCCUCACUAUGGUGGUCUGUUGGAAGUGGGAGUCAAAUCCAUAAAACAUCACCUUAAGAGAGUUAUUGACAAGCAUAUCCUAACCUAUGAGGAGCUGACAACUAUCUUUGUACAGAUCGAAGCGUGGCUUAACUCUCGCCCGCUCAGUGCUCUGAGCUCGGGAAUCGACGAUCUUCAAGCAAUUACUCCUUCUCAUUUCCUCAACAAAGGAGUUUCGACUCUGAUCCUAAAGGUUCCCCAACCCAAUCUACCUGAAAAUCGAUUGACUCACCUCCAGCUUUUCCAACGUAUUCGGAACAACUUCUGGAAGGGGUGGUCUUCUGAAUAUGUUCUUGAAUUACAAAAGCGUAAAAAUGGCGGAGCCCAAGUGAAAACUUUGCGGUGGGACAGCUGGUGUUAG